GAAAAAGUACUAUCGGGAAUAUGCUAUUAAAAGCAUGCGGAAAUCAUAACGAAUUAUUUGAAAAGUAUAAGGGACCCUAUGACGGACAUGGUGGAGAUGGACGUAAUCAGCAGCAACUAAAAACUGCCAAACUUUCUAUAGGUGAAGAAAAUUUUAUCUUAGUGGAUACACCGGGGUUCACAAAUGAAAAAACUAGUACAAAUAGAACAUGGAUAGAAAUUGAUAAAGCUAUCGAUAAUUCAUUUGAACAUGGAAUUCAAGGACGGCGUUUUGCAUCAGAUAGAAGGUCUCAUUUAGAUGAAUGCAUGAAAAAAUUAAAUAAUGAAAAUGUAAUAAUAGUAUUUACAAAAUGCACCAAAGUACAAACUGAAGCUCCUAAAAAUAUUGAAGAUUCUUUUGCGAAUUUUAUUAAUGAAUAUAUUGCCAUCGAUGGGUUGUUGCACCAGACCCUGAUAUUUAUGAUGAAUAUAAUGCUAUAG